AUGUCAACUCCAGCCAGAAGACGCCUUAUGAGAGAUUUUAAACGCUUACAAGAGGACCCACCUACUGGAGUUUCCGGUGCUCCUACUGACAACAAUAUUAUGAUCUGGAAUGCUGUAAUAUUUGGACCACAUGACACCCCAUUUGAAGAUGGAACAUUCAAGCUCACAAUAGAAUUUACAGAGGAAUACCCUAACAAACCUCCCACAGUUCGGUUUGUCUCCAAAAUGUUUCAUCCAAAUGUUUAUGCUGAUGGUGGUAUCUGUUUAGACAUCCUGCAAAACAGAUGGAGCCCUACAUACGAUGUUUCAGCUAUUUUAACUUCUAUACAGUCAUUACUAAGUGACCCCAAUCCUAACUCGCCGGCGAACUCAAUGGCGGCGCAGCUUUAUAAGGAGAACCGACGGGAAUACGAAAAACGGGUCAAAGCAUGUGUAGAACAAUCAUUUAUUGACUAG